AAUUGUGAACAGUCAUUUCGGUUGCACCCAGUCCUACGAACAACCUCUUUGCCACCGGCAGUGGUGACAUGCGUGCGAGAAUUUGGAGAUACUCCACUUACACCGGGCGGUGAUGGGGUCUGUUUCAGACCCCCUACGGCAAAGAGCCCUGCUCGCCAUCCCUUCCUAAAUCUGGUACUAUCUGACAUGUUUAUUUCAACGGGCCUGCGGGCGAAUUUGCUUUAUCGAGCGGUGACAGUGAAACCAUUCCGUCACAUGAAACGUUUUGGGUACAAUGUCUCGUCUUCGGGAAAGGACGUGGAGUGGUUAGGAACAAUGCGCCAAAAUGCUGUACGGAUAGUCGCUUCGAUGUUUUUGCUUUCUAUAUUCUCGUUUGCUCCUUUUGUCCCCGUUAUCGUUGCGCGUGGUUUGGAACUCGGUCUUAUCGAUCUGUCUGGUACUCAAUUUGACUUGGAAGAGUUGAAAGCUGCCCACGCCCGAAUGUGCAUGACCUGGAGAUCCGGGCUCGUCAUGCUGACGUUCAUCGUAAGGCAAUACUUGUGAGUGUAUCGCGGGGCCAACGUAGUCGUUUCUUUGCAGAUGGAGAGCAGGCUCAAU